GUGACCAAGACAGCAAGUCUUUGUGAGGCUGUUGCACAUUUUCGCAUUUACCGACAGAGUAAUGCAUCUCGAGAUUGUCCUAUCUCUGCAUCGCGGAUGACAUGMCAGGAAGUAACAGGGAAGUUCAGCUCGGCACAGGUUCCCAGGCGAAGCGGAGAGCUUGUCGUCUCUGUAGUUCCUGAACAGGUUGUUGAGAGGAAAACGGAGUCAAAGGCUUCGCAAGAUGCUCCGAGCUAGUGGUGUUUUCAAGUUAGUAGCGCUAAUCUUAAUGUUUCUCCUGGCUGUCUUCUUGGCUUUUCAACUUCUGGAGAUAAAUAUGGAGUUUAAACUUGGCAACGUGAUAUCAAAAUCUGCACCURUGAAUGCAGCACCAACAAAAGCGGCCGCACAUAAAUGUGGGCUGUCCAAGGCUUGUCCUCCUGGGCAUUUUGCCUUCAAGAUGACGAGCGGCGCCGCCAGCGUGGUCGGACCCAGAAUCUGUCUGGAGGAUAAAUUGAAAAACAGGGGAAGUUAUCAAGACGGCUUAUUUUGACAUGUGGGCAGGAGAUGUGGCUCCUUUUAUUACAUUCCUGAAAGAAGUCGAAGAGGGGACAAUUAUAAUGAUGGCGUCGUUUGACGACGCUGCUACAAAGCUCAACGAAGAAGCCAAGAAGCUGAUUGCUGAUAUGGGCAGCACGGCCGUGAACAGUUUGGGCUUCCGGGAUAACUGGGUCUUUGUAGGAGGGAAAGGCAUCAAAACGAAGAGUCCAUUUGAGCAGCACAUAAAGAACAGCGCGGACACCAACAAAUACGAGGGCUGGCCCGAAGUCCUGGAGAUGGAAGGCUGCGUACCCCAGAGGCAGAACUGAUCUCGGCCCGGAYCCAGUCUCUCCAGUUCACCCUGUCUUUCCUGACAUCUGUGUUCUCGUUGGAAUUUUUAAUGGUUACAGUUCUUUAGACUGAGAUCCUCUCACCUGACAGCAUUUCAGAUUUGACAUUUUUAGAAAAAAAAAAGAAAACACAAAGAAAACAAUAAAUCAAACUGCAGGGACACAUAAGCUUGGACCAGUUGCACUUGUGUUUGGACAGAGCUACACUGGUGCUGGAGGUACAGCAGAGUGCUCCGAGUGGAAGAUUUAACUAUAGCUUCCUUAUUUUUAAAACCCAAAGACCUCAUUUUGGCAUYAUUUUUGAUAAAAAUGAAUGCCGCUGCCCACUUAUUAUUUUUUUAAGGGCUUAACUUUUUUUUGUACCKUGCCUUAAAUCCACUUUUUGUACCUGUUUAACCAAGCCUGUUGUUAUAUUUAGUUCUUUUCAGAAACUGCAAGCAACAAACUUUGAGAUGCUUUUUCUCCUGUUAACCAAAUGUAUCGAUUUGACUGUGAACUUUGUAAAUAUUUCCUUAGAGGGGGUCAGAUUCAAAGAAAUUUAACUUAAUGAAUAUUGUAAUUAAAAUAAUAUAAUUUCUUUAAAUAAACAAUAUUGUUGCUGUA